CUUCUUAACACGACGGUGAGAUCGAGAAAGUCUGCUACGGCUCCUGUUUCUCAUUUUCCCGGCGGUCACCUGCGAUAGCAUCUUCCUUAUCAUCAUUUGACUGCCGUUUUCUGGGCCUACUACGCCACAAAAUAGCCCACCAUGAGAGUCGAAACCUGCCACUUCUGUUCUCGCCCGGUCUACCCUAGCAAGGGUAUCCAGUUCGUUCGCAACGAUGCUAAGGCCUUCCGAUUCUGCAGAAGCAAAUGCCAUCAGAACUUCAAGGCUAAGCGACAACCUAGACGUGUGAAGUGGACCAAGGUCGGUCGUGCCGCCAAGGGCAAGGAGAUGAUCGUCGACUCGUCCCUCGUCCUGUCCCAGUUCGCCAAGAAGCGCAACGUCCCCGUCAAGUACGACAGAAACCUGGUCGCCGCCACCAUCAAGGCCAUGGAGAGAGUGGAGGAGAUCCGGCAGCGCAGAGAGCGGGUGUUCACCAAGCGUCGGUUGGCGGGCAAGCUUGCGCGGGACCGCAAGCGCGAGGAGGAUCGCAAGGUGGUGGCCUCGGGCGAGCACCUCAUCCGCAAGGAGCUCCGCGAGCGCGAGGAGGGCCACCUGGCCGCUCUGGAGACGGGCAAGACCAGACUGCACGGCGAGGAGCGCAUCAGACAAGGGAAGAAGACCAGAGUCUUGGUGGAUGGCACUACGCAGGAGGAAAUGGAUCUCGACUAAAGGGUCUUCUUCGGUUCUUACGUUUCUUUCUCUCCGGCUGUCCGGUCGGGCGCGAUACCUUGAGGUUAUGAAUGGAGUUGGGUUUUGUUCAAUGUUCCAAGCUUUUGUCUUAUCAAAAAGUAUCCCAGUGGUUUUCUCUAUUGUCAUGAGCUUUCAUCUCCAUUGUCACUAUUUCUUUCGCUGUCAGUAUAUGGGCCUAAUCAUAUAGAGAUACUGAUAAAUAUAUCGACU